AUGUCUUUCACAUCGAAGGGCGGCUCGUCGCUGGGGCCCUUCCUCAGACCCUGGAGGCUCUUGGGGAAACCAGGCAGACCCUCCAGGUCCAGGAGAGCCCCCUCCUCCAAACACCUGGGUGAGCGGACGCCAUGGGGGGGGAGAGGGGGGAGGGCAGAGGGGGGAGGGCAGAGGGGGGAGGGCAGAGGGGGGGGGGCAGAGGGGGGAGGGCAGAGGGGGGGGGCAGAGGGGGGGGGGCAGAGGGGGGGGGGGCAGAGGGGGGAGGGCAGAGGGGGGGGGGCAGAGGGGGGAGAGGUGAGGGGGCAGGGCAGAGGGGGGAGGGCAGAGGGGGGAGAGGAGAGGGGGGAGAGGAGAGGGGGGAGGGCAGAGGGGGAGGGCAGAGGGGGGAGAGGAGAGGGGGGAGGGCAGAGGGGGAGGGCAGAGGGGGAGGGCAGAGGGGGGAGGGCAGAGGGGGGAGGGCAGAGGGGGGAGGGCAGAGGGGGAGGGCAGAGGGGGGGGAGGGGGGAGGGCAGAGGGGGAGGGCAGAGGGGGGAGGGCAGAGGGGGAGGGCAGAGGGGGGGUGAGGGCAGAGGGGGAGGGCAGAGGGGGGGGAGGGGGGGAGGGCAGAGGGGGAGGGCAGAGGGGGGAGGGCAGAGGGGGGAGGGCAGAGGGGGGGCAGAUGUGUGCGAUGGAAUGGAUGAAGUGACAGAGAUAAGGAUCAGAGGUUAG